AUGCAUAAAACUAAUGCAUACCUACUGUCUAACCCCUACGACCGGAACACCCCUAACAGCCUAAUGGAAGAAGUAGUGCACACAUCGCCGACACUGGGGUCGAACGUGGAGGAAGUGGUUUGGAAGAACAUCCACUUUGUCAUGUGGGACAUCGGGGGCCAGGAAUCGAUCCGUCAGGGCUGGCAAACCUACUACACGAACACCGAGUAUAUAAUACUGGUGGUCGACAGCACCGAUCGCGAGCGCAUUGGCAUCAGUAAAGAGGAGUUGUGGAAAAUGUUGGCUCACGACGACCUCCGGAAGGCCGGUGUCCUGAUCUACGCUAAUAAACAGGACGUCAAGGGCUGUAUGACCGCCGCCCAGAUCUCCAAAGAGCUCAAUCUGACCGCCAUUAAGAAACACAAGUGGCAGAUACAGGCCUGUUGUGCGCUCACCGGCGAA